AAACACACCCAGCUCAGCCCCACCGACGCCUUCGGAACCAUCGAGUUCCAGGGAGGGGGCCACUCUAACAAAGCCAUGUAUGUGCGUGUGUCCUAUGACACCAAACCAGAACUCCUGCUGCACCUUAUGACUAAGGAGUGGCAGCUGGACCUUCCCAAGCUGCUCAUCUCAGUGCAUGGGGGCCUGCAGAACUUUGAGCUGCAGCCCAAACUCAAACAGGUCUUUGGCAAGGGCCUCAUCAAGGCUGCCAUGACAACGGGAGCCUGGAUCUUCACUGGCGGGGUCAACACAGGGGUGAUCCGGCAUGUGGGUGAUGCGCUGAAGGACCAUGCCUCUAAAUCCCGGGGGAAGAUCUGCACUAUCGGCAUUGCCCCCUGGGGCAUUGUGGAGAACCAGGAGGACCUGGUGGGAAAAGACGUGGUCCGACCGUAUCAGACCAUGUCCAACCCGCUGAGCAAGCUGACUGUGCUCAACAGCCUGCACUCCCAUUUCAUCCUGGCCGAUAAUGGGACAACAGGGAAGUACGGUGCUGAGGUCAGACUGCGUAGACAGCUAGAGAAACACAUCUCCUUGCAGAAAAUCAACACACGUAUUGGUCAGGGAGUGCCGGUGGUGGCUCUGAUAGUGGAGGGGGGUCCUAAUGUGAUCUCCAUCGUGUUAGAGUACCUAAGGGACACUCCACCUGUGCCCGUGGUGGUGUGUGAUGGGAGCGGGCGUGCUUCGGACAUCCUGGCAUUUGGACACAAGUACUCUGAGGAGGGAGGGAUCAUAAAUGAGUCUCUGAGGGACCAGUUGCUGGUGACCAUCCAGAAGACCUUCACGUACAGCCGGACCCAAGCCCAACACCUCUUCAUCAUCCUCAUGGAAUGCAUGAAGAAGAAGGAGCUGAUAACCGUUUUUCGGAUGGGGUCUGAGGGACACCAGGACAUUGACCUGGCCAUUCUCACUGCUCUGCUAAAAGGUGCCAACGCAUCGGCUCCUGACCAGCUCAGCCUGGCCCUGGCCUGGAACCGAGUGGACAUUGCCCGCAGCCAGAUCUUCAUCUACGGACAGCAGUGGCCUGUGGGUUCUCUGGAGCAGUCUAUGCUGGAUGCCCUGGUGCUGGACAGAGUGGACUUCGUCAAGCUGCUGAUCGAGAACGGAGUGAGCAUGCAUCGCUUCCUCACCCUCUCCAGACUGGAGGAGCUCUACAACACGAGGCAUGGACCAUCCAACACACUGCACCACCUGGUCAGAAGCGUCAAAAAGGGUAACCUGCCACCAGACUACCGCAUUAGUCUCAUUGACAUCGGAUUGGUCUUUGAGUACUUGAUGGGCGGAGCUUACCGAUGCAACUACACCAGGAAGAGGUUUAGAACUCUGUAUCAUAACCUCUUUGGACCCAAAAGACCCAAAGCCCUGAAACUGCUGGGGAUGGAGGAUGACAUGCCGAUCCGGAGGAGUCGCCAGAAGACUACACGUAAGCGGGAGGAGGAGGUGGACAUUGACCUGGACGACCCUGAGAUCAACCACUUCCCCUUCCCCUUCCACGAGCUGCUGGUGUGGGCCGUGCUGAUGAAGAGACAGAAGAUGGCGCUGUUCUUCUGGCAGCACGGGGAGGAGGCCAUGGCCAAAGCCCUGGUAGCCUGUAAACUGUGUAAGGCCAUGGCCCACGAGGCCUCCGAGAACGACAUGGUGGACGACAUCUCACAGGAGCUGAACCACAACUCCAGAGAGUUUGGACAGUUGGCUGUGGAGCUGCUGGACCAGUCAUACAAGCAGGACGAGCAGAUGGCCAUGAAGUUGCUGACCUAUGAGCUGAAGAACUGGAGUAAUGCUACCUGCCUGCAGCUGGCCGUGGCCGCCAAGCACCGUGACUUCAUUGCCCACACCUGCAGCCAGAUGCUGCUCACUGACAUGUGGAUGGGACGCCUGCGCAUGCGCAAGAACUCUGGGCUAAAGGUGAUCUUGGGCCUGCUGCUGCCUCCGUCCAUCCUGAGUCUGGAGUUUAAGAACAAGGAUGAGAUGUCGUACAUGCCUCAAGACCAGGACACCUACCUGCAGGAGAAGGAGGAGGAAGAGCCCGAGCCCGCCAAAGAAAAGGAGGAAGAGGACAUGGAGUUCACAGUAAGAUCCUACUGUGAGACGCAGUACAACUCCGUGGCCAUGCUGGGUAAGGUAAGCACGGAGGCGUCUCGUAAGAAGGGYGUGGGGGAGGUCCAGAAUAGACACCGGCUCAUCCCCAUGGGCCGGAAGAUCUACGAGUUCUACAACGCCCCCAUCGUCAAGUUCUGGUUUCACACAAUGGCCUAUGUGGCGUAUCUGAUGCUGUUUAACUAUAUUGUGCUGGUGAAGAUGGACCUGUGGCCCUCACCGCAGGAGUGGAUUGUCAUCGCUUACAUCUUCACCAAUGGCAUCGAGAAGAUGAGAGAGAUUCUGAUGUCGGAGCCAGGGAAGCUGUUGCAGAAGGUGAAGGUGUGGCUCCAGGAGUACUGGAACAUCACGGACCUCAUGGCCAUCCUCAUUUUCUCCGUGGGCAUGGUUCUCCGUCUCCAGGAGCCGCCAUUCAUGAGCUACGGACGGGUCAUCUACUGCGUAAACAUUAUCUAUUGGUACAUCCGGCUGCUCGACAUCUUUGGCGUCAACAAGUACCUGGGCCCAUAUGUCAUGAUGAUCGGCAAGAUGAUGAUUGACAUGAUGUACUUUGUGAUCAUCAUGCUGGUGGUGUUGAUGAGUUUUGGGGUGGCUCGGCAGGCCAUCCUGAACCCCAAUGAGGACCCGUCCUGGAUGCUGGCUCGGAACAUAUUCUUCAUGCCCUACUGGAUGAUCUACGGAGAGGUGUUCGCCGACCAGAUCGACCCUCCGUGUGGCCAGAAUAUCACCGCGGACGACGGGCAUGUUGUGACUCUGCCGCCAUGUAAGACGGGAGCCUGGAUCGUUCCUGCCAUCAUGGCCUGCUAUUUGCUGGUGGCCAACAUCCUGCUGGUCAACCUGCUCAUAGCUGUCUUCAACAACACUUUCUUUGAGGUGAAGUCCAUCUCCAACCAGGUGUGGAAGUUCCAGAGAUACCAGCUCAUCAUGACCUUCUACGAGCGGCCCAUCCUCCCCCCUCCCCUCAUCAUCUUCAGUCACAUGACCAUGGUCCUCAAGCACCUGUGCUGUCGCUGGCGGAAGCACGACGAUGACGAGAGAGACUAUGGCCUUAAGCUCUUCAUCACUGAAGACGAGCUGAAGAAAGUUCAUGACUUUGAGGAGCAGUGCAUUGAGGAGUACUUCCGUGAGAAAGAUGACCGCUUCAACUCCUCGAAUGACGAGAGGAUCCGAGUGACGUCAGAGAGAGUGGAGAACAUGGCUAUGCGUCUGGAGGAGGUGAAUGAGAGAGAACAUUUCAUGAAGGCAUCUCUACAGACCGUGGACAUCCGUCUGGCCCAGAUGGAGGAGCUGAUUGGUCGGAUUGCUGUGGCUCUGGAGCGAGUCACGGGAGUGGAGCGGGGCGAGGUCAACAAAGCCCGCUCUCGCACCUCCUCCGACUGCACAGACUCGGCCUACGUGCUGCGUCAGGGUGAGUGCCCAGAUGCAGCAUACUUUUUGCGCCAGAGCAGCUUCAACAGCCAAGAGGGGAACUCCUACCGGCUCAAUGAGGGUGCAGAGGGCUCCAUGUCGCCGCCCUCCCCCACCAAUCUGGCCAUGCGCACACGCAGCCACUCUUUCUACGUGGCCGGAGGUCGCGAGCGUGCCGGGGCCGACCGGACUCACCGUCUCCUCAAGGAGCGCUCCUUCAGCCUGCAACGAGCCAAUAGUUCACAGUCGGUGGCCUUGUGCACUGCCCCCAAGGAGUCUAAGCCCCUCCCACUGGCCACGCUGUCCGUCUCCCAGCAGCACCGCCCCUCUUCCUGCGUCGACAUCUUUGUGUCGGCAUCCGAGGAGGAGGGGCCAGCCAAGGUCUUCUUUGACCCACUGAGGAUGGCCCCUCUCCUCCGGCCUGACUCCUCGCUCCACUCUGAGAUUAUGGAGGCGGUGCUGUCGAGCGGGAGGGACUAUGGUGGAGGCAGCGGGUUGGGCGACAGACACUCUGAGGGUGGGGCCGUGUUCGAGGACAGCGUGGCUGCAGACCUGUCACUAUGCUCCGCCAACCUGCUCCCAGAUAACACUGUGCCACUCUGGGAACUGGACCCCUCUCCUCCACCAUCAGCGGGCCUGCUGGAGCGCUCCAAAAGCAGCCGCUACCUGUCCACUGGCGGUGGGGGCUACCUGGAAGAGCCUCAGCUGGUCAAGUCUCACAGCCUCAUGUUCACACCGCGAGGCUGCUAUGGAGGCCUAGGGGCAGGAGUUCAGGUCAAAGCGGCUGAGUACACCAGCAUCACCGACUGCAUAGACACCAGGUGUGUCUCUGCCCCUUACUCCACCGACGACUGUUGCCACUCCCCCGGAGGCUCCACCUCAUUCCCCUUUGACAAGCCCCCUGACAUGAGCUCCUCCCACCCAGAGCGCGAGGCCGAGCUCAGCCACACAGAGUCAGAACCUGAAGACCUAGAGGAAAUGGCCCCUACCCCCGAGCCCCGUCGCACGGGGGGUGGCUUAGGAGGGGCGAGUGGGACCCCCUUCUGCUCGCCCUUCUCUAGGCUGGAACGAGCCAACAGCUGCUCCUCAGACGACUCCUCCCACCCAUCCUUGGCCCCUCCUCCCCACAGAAAAAGCCUGUCGGUCAGUGAGAGGAUGGAGAGGGGUGCAGACCGUGGGGUUCUGGGGGAACCCAGGAACCCCUUCCUGAGGAGCAAGUCUGGGGCGCGGCCUGACGCCAAGACAGACAGCCUCUCCAUGAGGAAGCUGACCACCCCCUCUGCGUUCCGCAGCUUCAACAGCAGACACAACUACACGUGACAAUUAUGAAGGGAACAAGAAUGGGACAGGGCACAUUCUGUUAUACCGGACCAUAGGGCUGGCUGGGGGGAGAGCAAGGUCCAUGGGGAGGGAACCUACCAGUCUUAAACAAAGUGCUAUGAAGGGUAGUUCUUACCUCCUCCUCAAGCUGACUCUCAUUGCGUGUUUGGUCAUGGAGGCUAUGUACCGUGUCUGUCUACCAUUUUCUUUGUCAAGUCAACACACUAAUGCAUCACAUGUCACAGAACACUAGUCUAGUCCACAUAGAAAGUAUAGAAAACAAAUGUCUACUAAUAACAGGUUAGUCAGAGUCUUUAGAAAAUUAUCAACUUGGCCACCUGACAAUAUAUGACUGUAGGUCAGUAUUGCCAAAUUUCCUCAGGUUCUCCUUAGUUUCUCUUUGCCCUUAAACUGCCCAUACCCAUGGAUAUGACUCUUCGCUUUUGUGCUUCCACCACGGACAUAGCACUGCAUGCUACUGUAACUGCAUGCUACAACAGUAGCAGCAGUAGUAACCUAGUCCCCAGGGUAAUUGUACGUAUCGCAUGUAAGCCUGAAACGCCAACAACUCAAAUCUGGCCUAUGUGGUAUUGAAAAAUAGUCGUGGCUCCGAAUAAAAUAAACUUGUGGAGAGCUGAGGUGUUCGGAGGGAGGUGAUUGAUUAGAAAUAAAGUAGUAGUGACUGUAGUAGAACACACAUAGAGACCAGUCAAAGUUUUUUGUUUUUUAAAAUUGAACCUUUAUUUAACUAGGCAAGU